AUGCGAGCACAUGGUGGCGACGAGGUUGGCUCCAAGUCAAUGGUCAAGACCACCUUGGACGGCACAGUACACAGCUCACGAUCAGCGAGAAACUGGAUGAAUUCUUACUAUCGCAAGUGUGUUCUCUGCUAUCGCUUUUCCAUCCCUAUUGACCUCUUUUCUCUCCUUCAGGGCGAAAACCCAGCCUCGUACCCUACAGUCUAUCUUGUCACAUCUCCAAGGGUCUGGAACUACAAGUUCUGCCCGGCAUCCUUCUGGUUCCUCUACUCGAAUGAUUCCCGACUACGAGCGAUGAUCGUGGAGGUUAAUAACACGUUUGACGAACGGCGGUUAUACUUCCUACCUGCAACGGACAACAGUCGAGAAUCCGGGUAUCAUAGUUCCAGAUUCAGGUAUACCUGGCCAAAAGACUUUCAUGUCUCUCCGUUCAACUCGCGAAAAGGGAAAUAUUCCCUCUCUGCGCGAGAUCCGAGCCAAGCACCGACUUCGCAAAAUGGAAUAAUUCAUAUCACUGCCACGCUCCUUUCAUCUAAGAGCCGUCCAAAGAUGGUAACCCGGCUAUGGACAGACAAGAGACCAAUUGACCCAUUUUCAACCACGGCAUACCAGGCAAUACGUCUACUCUUUCCCUGGUGCUUGGUAGACCCUCGGAUCGUUUUUGAGGCCAUCCUCCUAGCCCAUCGGCGCAAACUACACAUCUGGUAUCGCCCCGAGCCUCGCAUCGAUACUAUCCCCCGUCGAGCUACCAGCCCUGAAAGCUACUUCUCCCGUAUUCUAUCCGCAUACAUACAACAAAUCCUCCUCUCAGCACCAGAUGCUUUUCGUAUCCAUCUCCAAUCCCCAACCCAUUCGCACAAUAACUAUGUUGACUUCUCAACACCCACCGCAGCUGAGACGCCCUUAGCACCAACAAUCGUGCUUACGGUUCUCACUCCACGAUUCUAUACAAUUCUCCUAGGUCAUCGCUCCAUGGCGGGUGUACUUAUGAGCGCAUGUCUAGAUCCUGUGGUAGAGAAUUGUACGGCUCAAGCCUGUCUGGUCACUCCUAUUUCUGUCCCUACAGAUGAACCCAGGAGUGAAAAGGAGCUUGUCGGAUUUAUAGCCCGUGCCGAGAGAUCCUACGAGAACAGAUAUAUCCGCGAUCAGAAUAGGCCAGCGCCAUUUCUCAUUACCACGCUUCAGUACCUCCUCGACUGGGUUCUAGCUGCUGUGCGUCCGCUGAGAGGGAACCUUGGUGCUGUAUAUCCGCAUCCGGGACUACCCCGUCUGCGAUCAGAGGAUAUUCGUUCCGUGACUCUACCUGCGGAUCCGGUGGAUGGGAGUGAUUAUGUAACAAGAGAAAGAGAGCUUGAGAGAUAUUUUCUGGAUGAUUUUGUGAGGGGUCAUUAUGGGGCUUCGCAGUGGGUUUGGUAUGUGGCGGCGGUGGUUAGGGCCUUAAUUUGGGAAGGAGUUCUGAGGUUGGUCGGGGGUGCGUGA